AUCCAAAACAUCAAUGACGUGCAAGGUCCUCCGGGCCUUCCAGGCUCUCCAAGUUUAAAUGGAUCUAAAGGUGACACAGGUCAACAAGGAGCCCAAGGACCAAUGGGAGAGCAGGGUCUUCAGGGGGAUAAAGGAGAACCUGGAGAUAAAGGUGAUAGAGGAGCCAAUGGCACUGAUGGUUCUGCUGGACAAAAGGGUGAAAUAGGUCCUCCGGGGACUAGGGGAGAACCUGGAGUCAAAGGUGAUAGAGGAACUAAUGGGACUGAUGGUGUUACAGGACAGAAGGGUGAUAAAGGUCUUCCCGGGAGCAAAGGAGAGACUGGUGUCAAAGGUGAUGCUGGGAUAAAUGGUACCGAUGGUGCUAAUGGAACAAAGGGAGAUCAGGGUGUUCGAGGGGAGAAGGGAGAUUCUGGCGUGAAAGGUGAGGCAGGCGUAAAUGGAACCGAUGGUGCUGUUGGACAAAAGGGUGAUACAGGAGUUCAAGGUGACAAAGGAGAACCAGGGAAUCAAGGACCGCAAGGAAUUCAAGGCGAUACCGGUGGUCCAGGACCAAGAGGGAUCGGUAACUUCAGUUGCUGCCAGCCUAAAAUAAUUGAGCAAACACCACCUGUUACCAUUGCUGAUACUCAGGUAAUAUAGUUUAAAGCGUGUAAUAUCUGUAUUCUUAAGCAAGGAUUGCUCAUUAAAUUUUAGUUUUAAUUUUUCUAACCGAGUCUAAGUCUAAGUCUAAGCUCAUACUACAUAGCCUGCUAGCAAGCUCACUAGUGGUUCCGGGGGGAAAGAGCAGACUCUAGACUCCAGACCCUGAUACCAAAAGCAGAGAUGCUAUGUGCAUGCCUUACAGGUGAAUUAACUUAACGGUAUAUUUUUCAUUUUUUUUUUAUUUUCACAGAAUACAAAGUUCAUUGGAGCAUACUGCACAACAACUGAUGCUGAUGCAGAAUCUAACUUGCAAGUACUAAUACAAUCGCCGCCAAAUCACAAUAUAUAUUCAUGCGUUUGUAGAAGCUCUGGAGGGAACCCACACUGUGCACUGCAUUACUGGGCGUGCCCCAUUCACGCUCCAUAGCCAUUAUUAUUUACCUGAACUGGCACGUAUCAAGUCUUACCUACAGUCAACCUCUACUGAAAAAUACCUGGAAAAACACAAUAAAAAACUGCGGCCCCUUUUAUUUCUGAGACAUAUCCCAUAAGUGGACGUGAUCUCUUGAAUGGACGUGUUCUUAAGUGGACAGUAUAGCAUAGUAAUAAUUAUAAAUUCACCACAAGAAAGACGUGUCAAUAUUUAUAUUUGGACAAAAAUGGAUUGUAACAUAUGAAUGCCUCAGUAGCCAAGAAGUGUAGUUCUUUCGUUAUAUACGUAAGUAAUUUCUUUACAUCAAAUUGUUUAAGUUAGUAAUACUCGCCCCAUGACAUUCUAGUGGUCUACCCUACGUCCCAUCAAAGGUCAUUGGAGCAUAUUGCACAACAACUGAUGCUGGUGCAGAAUCUAAUAACUUGCAAGUACGAAUACAAUCGCCCCCAAAUCACAAUAUAUACUCAUGCAAGUGUGAGAAAACUGAAGUCUUAAUCCACCCUGUACACUGCAUUACUGGGCAUGCCCGACUCAUGCUCCAUAGGCAUGAUCUUUACCUGAACUGGCAUGUUUCGUUUCUCUUUGAAUUAGUCUUAAUUACAGUCAACCUCUCUUAAAAAAUACCUCCCCUAAACGGACAGCAAAAAACUUCGGUCCCCUGUAAUCUCAUAAACGGACGUGUUCGUAAGAGGGCAGUAUAAUAUAUCAAUAAUAAAUCCACCACAAUCAAAAACUGCUAAUAUUUAUAUUGGGCAAAAAAAGGAUUGUAAUAUGUGAAUAGCACAGUUGUAUUAGUAAAGGCGUACUUACUUUCUUUGUAUCAACUUAUUCUAUCUACCCCUCGAGGUCUUGGAGGUCUAUCCAACCUCCCAUCAGAGGACACCUGCGUCUGGUCCCGAAGGAUUUCCCUAGUGUGCCCACCUGCGAGGGCUAAACUGUAACUGCUCAUUUCUUCACGGCAAGCUCGUCCCCUACGCUUUUCCCUUCGGAGAUAAGGGAUCAGCCCAGGAUACAAGGCGUUUCCCAAUUACCAAUGCCAGAAUGUAGUUUAAAAAAAGGAGCAUAAUUACACAAUAAUAAUAAUAUUACAUAGUCCAUUUAUAUCUUUACGUAUGCGAACUUCUGGAGCUGAGCCAUAGAAAAGGUGAUUCAACGGAUUACAACGAAUUUUUUACAUUUAUUAUUGCCUACGACGUUUCUUUCGUAGUUGAAGAGGACUUGCUUCAAUUUAUAGAAUUUUUACCUGGUGUACAGUUGCUGUCAGUAGCUGUUUUAUGGUCAAUGAAUUUAAACGUUCAUAUUUUAUAUUUUCUUAUUUUUUUAAAAAAAUAAGAAAAUAAUUAAUUAAAAUAAUUACGUUAAUUAAAAUAAUCUUGUAUUAGGUCGUACUGAGACCGUAUCUACAGCUAGGUCUACAAGUUAAUUGGAAGUUAAUAAAAUGGCAGUCCAAUUAAAGACAAUAAUCGUCAAAGGUAAAAACUUGAAGGGGACAAACAGUCUGAAGCGAGAGUGAAGAACGAAGAAUGAGACUGAGGAGAGAAGCGAAAAAUACGCGCACGAACAAGGCAGGUACCCACCCCUCCCCUCAAACAAAUCUCUACCCAAUUUUGCUUGAGGGGAGGGGGCGGCUAUACACAGCCUACUUUCAUGGAUAUUCCCUAUAUAGAGACAGGCUUACUUGCAAGAUUGCACACAGGCAAUGUAUGCCGGUAGUGAAAAUCAGAAUGAUUUUGUAAUCAAAAUGCAAAAGUACCCCGGUAGAAUUCUUUCAAAAAAACAUUAUGUACGCCACUAAGUACGUGGAAAGGUUUUGCUUAGCCUUGCUUUACAUAAUUGACAAUCGAACGACCUAUACGGUUUUCGCUCAAUGCGUGGAAUGGUUCAUUACGUCUUAGUUCCAAGUUUUGACCAAUAAGGCCAUUUCAUGACACAUGAAGUCCAAAUGGAUUAUCAUCACGGACGAUCGAGCUUUCAUUUCCCAUUCGGGCAAGGUCAGCAUAAUACAAAUUAUUUACAUCGCACAGCUGGAAUGUCAAGUUGCUUUUCAAGGUUGAAAGGUUUUAGCCUUAAUACGUCUCAGCUAGACAAAAAUGGCGACUAGAAAGGUAUACCCAACAAGCUACGUGCUUGAGAACGCCGACGACAAGGACGAAACAAAUGAAAGAUCCGCUUCUAGAGUUGGUAAAAGUUUAGACGAAGAUGAAUCCGACGAAGAAGCAGCAGGUAUCGCGACACGUGCACAAAGAAAGAGAGUUGAAGCUGGGCUUCAAACUGCCAAUGCAAAAGAAUUCUUUCUUAAACGGCUUGUAAUCGCCUUAAUACUACUAGUAAUCUUACUAGUAGUUGUCGUGGUAUCCUUGGUGAUAGCUCUCGUAAAAUCCAAAUGUAAAGAAUCGGAACCAGAAACAGGGACUGAUAAUCAACAAGGUAAAUGUCAAGUAAAUAUUCGACUCCAUGCAAAAGUUACAUUCCAGCUAUUGUUUAACAGUUGUCGGCAUAAACUCGCAUAACUAAGCCAUCAAAGAAGUCAUGCAUCGAGGAAUGAUCUUAGUAACCUUUCGAAUCAUUCUCUUACGGAACCAUAAGUGGUAGAGUUUACGAUAUCCCUUUUUAUUAAAAUCCAGCUAGUGGUCUAUUAUCAAUGCUACGUUCUGAUUGGUUGAGCCACUACUAGGCUAUAUGUUACAGCCCACUAGUAGCGAAAAGCGCCGGCUUUGAAAACCAAAACAGUGGCGACUGAAUCGCGUUUUGCUAGCUAAAGUUGUUUUGUCUCAAUAUUUUUGACCAGUUUAAGUUGGAGUUUACUAGACAAUUAUUCCUCUCGCCCUCAUGGCCUCUCUGGGUCAAUAGCUCAUUCGACCUUCAGCCGUUGUUAUAUGGCUAACUUCAUUAAUUACGUGAAAGCUAAAGUGCUAAGCAUAAAAGUGACUGAUGCCUUCUUUUUAGCUUCAUUUGAAAAGCUGCAGGGAACCGUUCGUAGUGAUGAGGCACUGGAUAGACUAAACGCCCUGGAAGUGAAUAUGACACGCCUAAAGCAAGAUCUGGUACGUUCGUCUUUUGAAGUAUCUGACUUUAAUGUUCCUCUUUAGUCAUUUAAAGGUUAGAGACUUCUUUUCUGUGAUUUAACCCCAAAUGAACCAACGCACUGAGGCUUAGCUGUGUAAGACAAAGCCGGCCGGCAGUUCCUAAAGAAUAACGCUGCCACACUGUUCAUAGCCUGCGUAGCAUGGCGGUUUUGUAGGGAGCACGACUGAGCGGCAAAGUUGCAAAAGCGGCCGCAAAGUGCGCGCGAACGACCCAAUCUCCUCGCGGUUUCUCUGUCCUCGCAGGCCUUUAUUUACUUUGCGCACCCAACCAAAACCGCCAUGCAACGCAGGCUACACUGUUCAAGAAACCUAAAGGACCAAAAAAGUUAUUAUGUAGUUAAGACGCUCUUUCGCAGUUUUAAACAUUGUAUCAAAGCAGCGUUUUCCCUCCAUAUAUAUAUAUAUAUAUAUAUAUAUAUAUAUGGAGGGAAAACGCUGCUUUGAUACAAUGUUUAAAACUGCGAAAGAGCGUCUUAUAUAUAUAUAUAUAUAUAAGUAUUUGCCAACCGGUACAGAAAUGCUUUCUUUUCACCAGAUCUCCGUACGUCAUAGGAAAGAGCCAUGACGUAGAGUCACGCUAUGUUAAUCUUCCAUAUAGAUAGCAAUUAAAACUUUACAAUUGAUCCUUAGGUUCAUAAUUUGAAUGUCAGUUAUCAGUUAUCACUGUUUUUUGUCUCCUCAAACUAGGAAGAAAAAACAAGAGAUUUAAUUUUCCCGCGUCAGUGCUUUCUACGAUCUUUUGAAGCAAAGUGUAAAGAAACUGACGAAUUAGAGCUUAAGGUACAAAUGUCCUUUAAAAUUAACUUCUACUUUCGAUGUUAUAAGUUCGCAUUGGAAGGUUCAGAAUUACACUGCACAACUUUAUCACGUUACUUUUCACACUACGCUCUGCGCACUAAGUAACCAUUCCAUGCUUUUGUCGACUCACGCCCAUACGUAUUUACUGCACGAAGUCUGAAAAUGAACCUAACUACUUUUUAUAUAUACAUAGAAAAAGGAUUUUUUUACUCUUGAAAAAGCAAGCAAAUUCAUACCCCCACCUUGUGUGUUUGCUUUUUGUACCACCUGGGAGGCCUUUUCGAAAGAUAAACGCAAAAUAUAUAGCCUGUGUUUUGCCUCUACAAGAUAGAUUUAGGUCUGCAUUUUACUGAAAAUUCAGAUUAAAUCAGGUAUUUUUCGUUUUUCGUUUGGUACUCUUCGAUAAGUUUUAGCGCAACUACUGCAAACCACUGACAGAGAUUAUUACUUAAGAAUGCCGACAACCAGUCAUUUACUCCUUUAAGCCCUAAGAGUAAUUAGAGUAGCCACACGUGAAUUACGAACUUGUCUACACAGAUGAGUUUAACAGAUACUUUAGCAUCUUCUCCCUACUGAUUCUGAGGGAAAUGUACAGGAACAAAUGAUGAGGAAUUUACUUUUGACACUCGGGCUGGUUAUAAUAAAUGUGACUCAUUUUCCGUAACUAUAGGAACCGGCUGCCACCCAAAUUUGCAAGAAUGUACCUUAGAAAUAAAUGAACAGAUACUGAAGGACAGCAAUUCUGGCUCAAAAUCAUUUUAAAACCUCGGAGAAAAAAGCCACUGAUCGGGCUUCCAAAUCUCUUCCCGUAGUAGGUCUGGGGCCGGUUGCUCGAAGCCUGGUUAGCACUAACCGUUGGUUAAGAGGUAUCAAAAUGUAUAGGUUUCCAUGGUAUUUAACGCUGGUUAGCACUAACCAUGCUUCGAGCAACCCGGGCCUGAAUUUUAACAGUUUUUUCAAAUUGCCACCUGUCAUACUGCUAAAGUAUUUUAUGAAGGAUUGUGCAAGGGUCAAUAAUGUCCUUAAUAUGGUAUAUUUCAGAUGGAGAAUAUCCUCAAAAGCGUCAACGCAUCUUUAAGUACUAUUAAUUCAACUCUCUUCCAAGAGUUGAUGUCAGUGGGAACAGAUUUUGAAUCAAAGGUUAGUGUUGGUAUAAAGAACAAUCUGUCUGACUUUCCUUAUUCACGUUGAAAAAUGCUUAACUAUCUUCUCAGUGGAACUGACUUUCCGAGAAUAAUGAAGCACAACGCAUGACUGGAAACAGACAAGUUUUUAAUGAAAAAAAAAAAACCUCACUGUUCGGGAGGCUCAUUUCAGAAAAGGGACAAGGGAGGUCAAGUCCAGAUAAUCGUGAAAGAACUUCAGCUCCCGUUUAGAGCGCACUGGACUCCAAAACGGGACUGCCAUUUUGCACUGUACAAGUAUAAAGUAAAUAAAUAUAAUUAUGUUGUAGUCAAUUUUUUAUGUCAGGUAAUUUUUAUUUUUCUUUAAUUUUGUUUUAACUUCAUUAGCAUAGUUACAUUACCAUACCCAAAAACAAAAGAAAAACGAAAAUUACCUAAGAUAAAAAAUUAACUACAACAUAUACAUAUUAUUAUUAUUAUCAUCAUCAUCAUCACAUGGCCAUAUAAUGUUACCGUACAUUGUUGUUGCUUUUCUCAUUCAGUUACUUACAAAUAUAUCACGUAUGUAGACACAGAACAUCAGUCAAAGACUUGAAGCGGCUGUUAUUGCUAUCAAUAGAAGUUUCUUUCAAGAGUUGUCUUCUUUGAGAACAACUUUCAGCUCAAAGGCAAGUUUUGCUUUUUACUAUGAGUUACUUUUUUGUGGCAAGAAUUAUGGUCGAGUUGAACUUGUCGGACUUAUUCAAAAAGCUCCACCGAUAGGUAGUUGAAAGCCUGUUCUUUACAACAUGCUAGUUCUAAAGGAAGGAAUAUUUCAAAUUCAGCGCUGUUUAUAAAUCUACCUUUCCAGGUGCAUGAACGGCGAUAUAGCUGUAGCAGCAGCUAAUAGUGCAAUAGGAUGAUAGCCUGAAAAUUUGAGAGAGGGAUUGCUGAGCAACAUCUAGUAGAUGAGUUUUAAUGACUGUACAGUUACAGUUGCUUUUUUUUAACCGAAGAAGAUUUCUGUCAUUAAUAUUGUGCAAACUAAAACUGUGGCACACUUUCAGCAUAGCACAGGACGUUCACUUUUGGAAAGGACUGGAUUUGAGAGUGCAAAAAUAAGACGGGGUGAAAACACCGUAGUCGCCUUUAAAAGAGAGAAUAUCAUAUAACUCGUCUGUUUACAGUAGUAUUAGAAUUAAAGAGUCAGCGAUAUUGUCAGUCUUAACGAGGUGCGUUUUGUAAAUAUAAGCAUAAUAAAGACAAAAUAUCGGCAAGAGUCGUUUUUUCCAUUUUUAUCAGGUUACAUAAUAAAAUACAUGUAUACAUGUGCACAGGCUCUGAGCAUGUGUCGCGACAAAUUUACCUUAAAAAACUUAUACGCUCUAGAUGUACGUCGAAACUUAAUGGCGGUUAAUUAAUUUUUGAAAAGGCUUAAAUUUUCUGUUGGCGCAUUCUUCCUAGAUCCAAAACAUCAGUGAGGUGCAAGGUCCUCCAGGCCUUCCAGGCUCUCCCGGUUUAAAUGGAUCUAAAGGUGACACAGGUCAACAAGGAGCCCAAGGACCAAUGGGAAAGCAGGGUCUUCAGGGCGAUAAAGGAGAACCUGGGGACAAAGGUGACAGAGGAGCUAAUGGCACUGAUGGCUUUGCUGGACAAAAGGGUGACAUAGGUCCUUCGGGGACUAGGGGAGAACCUGGAGUCAAAGGUGAUAGAGGAACUAAUGGGACUGAUGGUGUUACAGGACAGAAGGGUGAUAAAGGUCUUCCCGGGAGCAAAGGAGAGACUGGUGUCAAAGGUGAUGCCGGGAUAAAUGGUACCGAUGGUGCCAAUGGAACAAAGGGGGAUAAGGGUGUUCGAGGGGAGAAGGGAGAUUCUGGUGUGAAAGGUGAGGCAGGCGUAAAUGGAACCGAUGGUGCUGUUGGACAAAUGGGUGAUACAGGCCCCCAGGGCGUCAAAGGAGAUCUUGGACCUCAGGGACCGCAAGGAAUUAAAGGAGAAACAGGACCACAGGGAGCUCAAGGAGCAGGAAACUUCAGCCAGUGUAGUUAUAAAGAGGAACAAGGAACUCCGGUUUCACCUGGUAGUGUGGCAAGUGCUGAGGCUGAUGUUUCAGAGACAGCGGUUAGUCCUUUCAUUUCUUUUACCAUUUCAAGUACAUUUAACAUUUACAAAUUGUGUAGCGUUGAAGACUAUGAGUUGUUCUUUAUUUCAUCGGGCAUAAAAGAGCGAUUAAUGAUACGCAUGCGCGCAUGAAAAAUGACAGGGAAGGUAACAGGCAGGGGAAGUAUCUCUCUCCUCUCCCGCGAGACGCCUUUCUUUUGUGGGCGGGGAUUUUUACGGGCGGUCGCGUAUUUCGCUCGCUAUGCUAUGCCAGAGGAAACAAUAACGCUCUUAAUAACGUUGAGUCUGGCUUGCUUGGAGACAAGAUAAGAAAUAAUGAGGCGAUUAGACCGCGAGCGGUAGUCCUUCUUUCCCAGAGCCACGCGCGGCGAGCGGAAAAGUAAAAUUAUGUUCUUAACCUACUGUGACUCAGAAGAAAGAGACUGCUUGCAGUUUAGGAAGCGAUCAAUUAUACACGAAACAGAAUUUCCUCGUUGACGGUCGAGUAUUCUUCAGGAUCGGAUAUUUAACAAUUAAUGAAUGAGGUUGAGUAUCUUGAGUAUCCUCGAUCUCCAUAAUUCCUCAUAAGAUACGAAAGCCGAAUUCAAUAAUUGUUUUAUUAUUCAUUCAAAAUAAUUCCUAGUUUAAAAACAUGGCUAAAACAUGCUUACCUCCAUCGAUCCAUCGAUGUUAAGUUCAUCUUCGAUAGUACACGUUUAGGUUUGUCCAGCUCCGCAAAUAUUCUCCAAAUAGCAUAUGUCGCCCUUCAAGUUGUCUUCUUGCUGUUCUUACCAUGUUUUUAGCUAUUGUUUCGCCUAGUUCUUACUCUUGAAACGAGUGAAAUGUCCGCCAUCUUUCAAGUUCACAAACAAAACAACUCAACCUCGUCCCCAGGUCUUCUCGAUUAACGGUGCCUUAACCUACGAAAACGCUGCAUUUUUUACGUCAUUUCCUCGUUAAACACAAAAUUCUUCCAAAUUUGGUCAUCAGUAACUGGUUAUGGUGAAUAAAACGUGUGCUUUUAGCCAAUCAGAAUCAGGAAAAUAUUUUGAAUGAAUAAUAAUUACUUUUAAUAGCGUAUUCGAAGAUUUGUUUCUGAAUUAAUUAGAAAGCGUGUGUAAAUACAGUAGAGCCUCGAUAACUCGAGCGCGAAAAAUCGAGUUCCCCGCUAACUCGAACUGGUUUUCGUUUUGAGUUACCAGUCUACAGUACACGAAAAUCAAGGAAACGUGAUGAACAUGGCGCGUCAGAAUUGUCGCCGAAAAUGUUCAUCCCAAGACUCAUUGGCAUAUAAUGAAAGUUUAGAACACUCGACUAGUUAGCCUCACCAUAGAAGUUUUGCUCAUUAAGAGUAAUCACUUGUUUCAAAGAUAUUAUCAACGCUUUCAAGCAAUAGAAUUCGUGGACCGACCCAUUGAGGAAAAGCUUGACAUCUUCGAAGCGUUCUAUUCCAUGCAUGGCUAAUUCUUCACACCGUGAUUCUUAUCCUAAGUUUCCACGGUCUUCGCUAAGAACGCCUGGGACCGUGAUCCCUUUUGGCACGCACACACGAAAAAGAAAAAGAGGAAAGAAACGCCUUGCUAAAGCAAGCGAGACUAAUAAGGAACUCCCUUCGCCUACUCUAGUGGUAUGGUGAUUCGCAAUGCUUCCUUGUUUUUCUUAGAAGCCAGCGCGAAAAAUUCUCUAAGCGUAGUUGUUACAUAUAUUCCAUCCCAAUAUCGAAUACUCAAAUCUGAAUACCAACAAACAAAACUUAAUGACGCAAUCUGACAACCGAACAAUACAGGGAAGGUAACUAAGUUAACCUUUUCGGCCUCUGUGUAACGAACAAUACCUAACAAAAACAGUAAGGUUAUUCACUCAAUUAUGAAUCCAUUGAAAAUAUUAAAAGUUUGAGGUCACAGCUUAUUUUAGUUUUAGUUGUAGUAGCAUUCUAAUAUGUAAUUGCGAAAUAAAAAUUGGAGACUCACAGGCGGACUCGCUCACGUACAGUUACAAUGUUGGACUUUAAGUGUUGUUUAUACGACGCACAUUUUAUACUGUAAUCAACUCUUGUAAAUUUUGUUAUUAUUAUUAUUAUUAUUAUUAUUAUUGUUAUUAUUAUUAUUGCUGUUGUUGUUGCUUGAAUAAUCACAUUUUCUCCGGUAAUUUUUUUUCUUGGUGUGCAGGGCAAGAAAAUUCUGGGCGUUUCCUGCUCUACAAACAACGCUAAAGAGUACAAUCUACAAAGAGUAUUAGUUGGACAACAAAACAAGUAUUUGUGCACUUGCAGGGGUCAAUCAUCCGUGUUUGUAGCCAGUCCACUGUGGUGCAAAGUUCACUACUGGGAAUGCCCUUUAACUACAUAGGUACGCAUGUCACAUGCAGCUGUAUCUUCGAUGAAACAUUUUAGUUACCAUUCCAUGCGUCUUCAGGCUGCAAGUAGGCCCUUGGAGAGAGGCACUGGGAGAAGAGGACAAAGUAAAUUACCAUUAUAAGUGGUAUUAGCUCUUUGUUUGUCUUGUCCCAAAGCGUCCCUUGCUAUCCAGCAAUAAGACGGUUCUGUACCAUGUUAAUGGGCCUACUACCGCUCUAUUAUCCUUUUUGAGAAAGGAUUAAUGGACACCGAGAGAGACGUAUGAGAUUUUGAGAGACAAAAGGGUGGGUGUAUCACUCAAUGAGCCUCCUCCUGGAAGCGGUCCGGAUUUUGAAAUGUCACUGUUUUGCCGCAUUUUAGAGAUUUUUAGUGACGUGCACCAUAAGUCAGAAUAGCCCACAUUCGAUAUAUUUUAAAAAAUCGAACAUGACUCCGAGGCUUUAAGGUCAAAAUUGAAAAUUUUUUACGACUCCAUAGUCUCGCAAUUCCCUGAAGAGCCUUGAGCACAAAGAACACCGAACCAAAUGUGAAAAUAUGACCAGAAAGCCUUGGAGUUGUGCUAGAAUUCUAAUCUAUCGAACGUGGGCUAUCGGCUGGCCAGACUAGUCCGAUCCAAUCAUAUAUGCGAAUUUCACAAUCAAUCAAAAAUUUCACGCCAGAUCACUUUACUCUACAAUAAUAUGCACGACAUUCUUAAGCGAAAACUCUUUCAAAAGCCCAGUUCAAUACUCGUCCGGGUGGCCAGUCCUGAUGUUGGAACGCGCCCUAAAUCUGGUGGACUUGGCAACAUGGUAGGACUGAAACUGACUAUGACUAUUCGCUUUGCUGUGCAGUUAUUCUCUUUGGUAGUUUCCUUGUUGCUACGGCACUGUAGACAUCCGAAAGGUGCCUUAUCUGUACAUAUACGAAGUUGUUUUAGUUUUGCCAGUUUAAAACUAUACUGGGAUGGAAGAGUAUUUAGAAAUACCAAAGCAGAGACACUAGGUGCCUUAUAGCUGAAGGAUCUUUAACAGUAUAUUAUGCCUUUUUUAUUUUUACAGAAUACAAAUGUCAUUUUUGGAGCAUUGCACAUCAACUGAUGCUGGCACAGAAUCUAACUUUGCAAGAACGAAUACAAUCGCCGCCAAAUCACAAUGUAUAUUCAUGCAAGUGUAAAAACUCAAGUCUUAAUCCACCCUAUGCACUGCAUUACUGGGCAUGCCCAAUUCAUGCUCCAUAGCCAUGGUCUCGCUGAAACGUUCUUUACUUGAACUGGCACGUUUCUGUUUAAAUUAGUCUUAACUACAGUCAACCUCAACAGAAAAAUACCUCCCCUAAACGUACCAAAAAAAUGCUGUCCCCGAAGUGUUCCUCAACCAAAAGAACACAUGUCUAAUAAGUGGACGUAGUCUCGUGAUAAAUUCACCAGAGUCAGAAGGUGUUAAUAUUUUAAUAUCUGGACAAAAAGGGAUUGUAACAGAUAAAUGACACGGUUAGAUUAGUCAGGAAGUGUCAGUAGUUCUUUCGUUAUAUACGAAAGUAGAAUUAGCAUUGACAGGAGCCUAAAUGGCCCCGGCAUUUAUAGUAUUCUUGCUAGGCCUUUGAAAUAUACCGAUUCAUAUAAAUGAAGAUUUUCACACAUAUUCCAUACAACAGGUGAGAUAAAUACAGGAAACGCAAGGUUCCAUGCACAGUUUCAGUUCGAUUUACACUUUGAUCAAAACUUUCUCAGUUUCGAGAAUUGUUUAUUCUGAACCAUAAGAAAAUAUUUAAUUACAAGUUGAAUUUUUCGCUAUUUCUCUUUGACUUUUUACAUUCAGUUCAUUUUAUUUGCCGGAAAUUAAGCCUUAGAGAUUAAAAGGACGUUUGAUCAAUUCAGGGUCGCGCAUUUGUCUUAUUUUAAACUUUAUAGCGGAAGGAAAUCUGUGAGCAGGGAAUAAGUCAGCACAGAAUUUGAUUGUCGGCGAAUUUCUGUAAUUGUCCAUCAUUCUGCUAAUGAGAAGCUAGCCGUUGUUCACUCGUCCUCCUUGUUUGGGGCUGAGUCUUAUUCCGGUCAAAGAGGGAGAAAGAGUGUCUGGCAAGGUUCCCAAUGAAAGACUUGUGAACUCGUGUACUGGCAAACUCUCCAAGUGUUUAUAUAUACACAGUUAUACGCACCUUCGGCGGACAUAUGUUACUCCCAGGCCAUAUCCAAUACUCUCCAUGAUUAAAUCAUGGAGAGUAUUGGAUUGGCCUGGGAGUAACAAAUUUUGUUGCUUAUAUUGUUUCUUGUUUUUCUAUUAACUUCUGGAAAGUGCAGAACGCCUCUUUCGUGCUCUCCAAACUUCCCGUGUCAAUAUCAAUAUCGUCAAUAUCUCGACAUACGCACCCUGACGCAUGAACUAAUUGUUAAAUAUGCAAAAAAAAAAAAACAAAGCUACGCGAACGAUGAACGACCAAUGAACCAAAAAAAACUACACUAAUUACGCCACGAACACCAAAAGAACACUACAGAUAAAGGCAAGAGAUUCUUGGCGCUUACAUCAGUGGAACAACAAACUACUAAAUAAUGUCUCGAUAAAUUCUCAUUUAACCUUUUUCUGCAUGCGACAAAAGGAACAGUUCUUUUUAAAUUCAGGUUUCACUUUCGAUCAUGGCGACGACACCGUUGAAAUUAAAGGAAAAUUCACAUAGACCGUAAUACACCUUGUUCACACCUCAUAACUAUUUUCUUUGUAUUCUCUUGGGACGACUGUAAUACCCAGGAGAAAUUGAAAACGAUGGUUAUGCAAAACUUUGGGAGGUAAAAAAGAUGCAUGAUCAUGAUGAUGGUCUAUGUGAAAAUGAUGAAUCAGUAUGGAUAUUUGGCUCAGAUCGACCAAUGAAUACCAAUCACAUGAAGAUACUGAAGUAAUUUUUAGUACUUCAUCUAAUCUGUAACUCGCGCUGCGCAGAUCAAUUAUCAAAAUUCCCAGUAGAGUUGGUGUCUGAAAUUCGAUUUCACCAUGGAUAAUAUAGCCAUGGAGGAAACAACGAUGGAAGAAGAAAACCCUUACGUCGAAAUCAUAGAAUCCAAACAAACGGAUGACGACGCAGAAACAUAUGACGACGUGACCCCUGACAAAGGAGGGACGCCAUCGACAGAACCUUCUCAGUUCUGCCAAGAGAAUUUUCUUAAACUCCAGCGAAUGUUGUACAUUGUUACUGCCGUGGCGAUCAUUUCGCUCCUGACUGCUGCUGCUUCUUUAGCUUUAGCAUUAAGUGUGAUGAAUUCCCAAAAUACUACGGACUCCUUGAGAUGCUCUGCAGAUUGUGUUAGUAAUGCUGCCGUCCAAGGUACACAAGGGGGGCUCGUUUUUUGUAGUGAUGAGUCACACAAUAGGAGAUUGGUGUCCGGGUAGGAAGUAAAAACACACAACUAGGAUCCUGCAUUUUUCCAAUUUAACCUAAACAGGUUAUUACAUAAAUGGUAAUUAACACAAAUUUAGGUUAUUUACGGUCCUUAAAUAGGUUCUUAUUUUGCGAAGAAAAAAAUACAUUGUAGCUAAAAGAGUAUUUAGCGGUAUUCAGCUUAUAAUCAUUCCUCAGGUAAAACCUGUACACUGUAUACUAUUACAAUUGCAGCUGAAGUAACAAGGAACCUACGUCUCCAAAGAGAACCCUGAAUGUUCACUUUCCUUAUUUGUCCAAGUGUACAGAAUUUUUUCUAGUUUUUAGAAAAAAAAACCUGUUUCAAAUUUUAGGCUAAACACGCGUCGGGUUCUUCUAUAGAGGGGGCCUAACUAAAAAAUUUUAGCCUAACGAGUUCUUAAAAACUAGUUUCUUAGUCGCUGGUUUUUAUUGUAUAAUUGAUUACAUUUCAUCGUCAACCAAGCACGUCUUUGAUUUAUUUAUUUGCAUACACACCACUUCAGGUACGGUACAUAAACAUGUUGGCACCAUUUUCUUUCUUUUUUCUUUCAUUUUUCCUUUAAAGGUUUAAAGAUGCUAUUUUCUUAACUCAUAGAAAACGUUUUGAAGUUGGUUUAAGUCCUAUUUACAUGGUCAAAAGUUCGUUACGAAUAAUUGCCUCUGGCGACAGAAUUCUCUGCAUUAAACUUGCUUUCGAAAGUAGAGAGAUUUGUCUACAUAACAUAUAUUUUUAGGUUCAAGAAGCAAUUCUAGCGCUUCUUGAAUUGCACGACUGCAACGUAAACAACAUAAUAUAAGAUUUCUCUUUAUAGCUCAACUCCAAGAGAUGCAGAAAAAUAUAUCACACAUUGUCGCGUCAGAGGUAAGUGCUACAACGAAUCAGUACGCCGUGACAGCUGCUUGCUCCGGUUAUGGGCUCCUGAACGAAUUUAUGAAUAUAAAUUCAGUUGCAGUUGCUUCAUUUAACCGAAGCAGAUUUCUGUCAUUAAGCUUGCGCAAAGUAAAACUUCGGCACACUUUCAGCAUAGCACAGGAUGUUCAGUUUUGGAAAUGGAAUGUGCAAAAUAAGACGGUGUAAAAACACAGUAGUCACCUUUAAAAGAGAGAAUAUCAUAACUCGUGUGUUUACAGUGAUAUCAGAAAAAAAAAGUAGCCGGCGAUAUUGUCAGUCUUUAGUUAAUUAAACGAGGUGCGUUUUCUAAAUAUACGCAUCAUAAAGUACAUGUAUACAUGUGCACAGGCUCUGAGCAUGUGUCGCGAGAACUUUACCUGGAAAAACCUAAGAUUCCCUAGAUGUACAUCCAAACACAUUGACGGUAAAUAAUUUUCCAAAAGGCUUCAGUUUUCUAUUGGCGCAUUCUUCCUAGAUCCAAAACAUUAGUGAGGUGCAAGGUCCUCCAGGCCUUCCAGGCCCUCCAGGUUUAAGUGGAUCUAAAGGUGACACAGGUCAACAAGGAGCCCAAGGACCAAUAGGAAAGCAGGGUCUUCAGGGCGAUAAAGGAGAACCUGGCGUCAAAGGUGAUAGAGGAGCUAAUGGCACUGAUGGAGAACCAGGGAAUCAAGGACCGCAGGGAGCUCAAGGAUCAAAAGGUGACACAGGUUCUGCAGGACCCUUAGGACCACAGGGAAUCCAAGGUAUUCAAGGGGACAAAGGAGAUCCUGGGGUCAAAGGCGAUCGGGGAUUUAAUGGUACCGACGGUGCUGCCGGAAUAAGAGGUGAUACAGGCCCUCGGGGUGACAAAGGAGAUCCUGGGCCUCAAGGACCCCAAGGAAGUAAAGGAGAAAUAGGACCACAGGGACCUCAAGGA